AUGCACGAUGGUGUUACAUGUCACGUGAAAGUCGCUUGCUUUUUUUCUCGGCACGCCCAGCUCGAGGAGGGCCGCGAGAGGUGGCGGAGCCGGCUGAAACGGCUCCAGGAGGAGUGCUCCGAGGAGCGCAAGGCCGCCAAGGAAGAGGUGUCCCGCCUCUCGGAGAGGGCGGAGGGAGCGGAGGCGGCGGCGAGGCGGGCGGCGGGUUUCCGAGAGGACGAGUCGGCCGGGCUGAGAGCCUCCUUGUCGGCCGAGUUCGCACAGGUGGAAGGUAAAGUCGCGGCGGUCCUCAGCAGAAAAACUGAGCAGGCGAAUGCCCUGAAGGAGCGCCUGAGUUCCUUACAAGGCCAGACCAAGGCCCGGGAGGAGGAGCUAUCCGAUCAUCGACGCCGGACUUUCAGCUAAUCAGGCUGGCUGAAAACACACAAAGAAAAGUGUUGUAAAGACGUCACGCAUGGUGGUGGUAGUCGUCAUUCGUGUUGGUGCUGCAUUAUGUCGAAGGAGACUACACCAGACCCCGGAUCUUAACCGCGGGGAGAAGAGAGGCUCCCGGCUACCGCGCCUGCUGUAAGAAUAAGGCUCUAGCGUAUAUGUUGUUCGAGAUGCAGGCACAAAACUUUGAAAAUGAGGGUGGCGGGUUGGUUGUGUCCAGCUCCCGCGGAACCUCACCCCCACA